AGAUUUAGAUUCCGACAAUUAUUAAAUAUUACUACAAACAAUUGUUGUGAACUUUAAAUGAUAUUGAAUCGUUGAAUUGAAACUAAAAAUAGAAUUAAUGUUAUGAUUCAUACCAUGGCGUCUGUUACUGGGGAUCAACGGGUCUCAAGAAAGAAAGUGGCAAUGCAUUUUGCUCGAAGAUAUAUUUGAUUUUAUUCGAAUAAUAAAGAUCGAUCGAAGCAGUCGUUCAAAAUGGAGAAACUGAAGUAUUGUUAUAUCUUUAUAACUACUAGUCGACAAUUUUAAACGAACCAUGGAAUUGGAAAAAGUAAGAUGUUCGACAACAGAAGUUGUUUUGCUAAUCAAUGACCCUGGCGAUGAGGAAACGUGUGAUCUUAUUUGCGAAAAACUUGCGGACAAUAACAUACUUUGCCGUGGACUGUAUGAUACCCCCGGUGAACAAAUACUUCAGGUAUUUUUGAAUUUAGCUCCAGUUGUAAAGAAAGCUGUAUUCCUCUUUUCACAUUCUUCAUCAAUAAAUAAAGGACUCCAGUACAUUAUGUCUAUGGUUAUUUUCGGAAUAUCAAAAGAAAACAUAGUAACAGUCUUCACACCAUAUGAAAAACCUUUGGUAGAUGGAUUAAAACUUUUACAACAAACAUUAGUAAUAAGAACAGAUUCAGAGUCAUGGCUCGAUGACUUAGUAUCUGAAUUGACACUAGUGUUACCAAGUUAUACACAAAUAUUGAGCAAAGGGAAUUUAAUAGACAGUCUUAUGUUUCAAGGUUUAUGUAUUCAACAUAUGCAAACCGAUAUUCUAGGAGUGCUAGUGGUUGCCGACAAACUAUGUUUGCAAAUUGAUUUAGACGAGUAUCUUAAAUAUCAAGAUCGUCACAAAGUAUAUAAAACAUCAAGGGUGAUAGAAGAAUUCCGAUUUUUACGUAACAUAGAUUCGUCAGUUGUUGUAAUUGUAAACCAGAAAGAACGUCAAAAAGCCCUAAAAUCGGUGAAAGAAGAUAUCGGUGCCUUUGCUGCUUCUGUGAUUGACACAUCGUUGGCUUUAGCAAGAUGUGAUUGGUCAGUCGCAUGCACCGUCAAAGGAAAAUUUCAAGCGGAUGAGCAAAAAUUUCUCUCUGCCAUUUACCCUUGUAUUUCUUAUACUUUGAUGAAUACAUUUAUAGAAUCAAUUAAAGAACCAAUUUUACCACAAUUUGAAAAUGUACAGGAUAGAAUUGAUUCGUAUCCACAGACAUGGAAAGAUGAAAAUUUGGAAUCUGUUGAAAGUAUGAGCACAGCAGGCUUUUUGUACGCUGGCUUUGGGGAAACAGGGCGUUGCUUUCAUUGUGGAUGUGUAUUGACAAAUAUUCGUCAACAAGGACUUCCUCUAGUUGCACAUGCAGCCAGAUACCCAACAUGCAGUUACGCUAAAAGUAAUUUAACAGACAAUGAAAUGACAGAAGCAAUAGCAGGGUUCAACAAUAACGAUGAAAAGUCGAAAAUUGCCGAAGCAGUAAAAGAAAAAUUUCAAAAUCUUGAUAUCCGAAUAAAAACAUUCGACUCAUAUGAAAGUAAAAAUGGUCAAAUUGACAUUGACAUAUAUGGCGUAGCUGUAGCAGGAUUUUAUUAUAUUGGACUCGAAAACAUUGUUCAGUGUUUUCAAUGUAGUGUGAGAUUUUACGGAAUACCCAGCGAUCAAAAUCCUUGGAGUAUGCACGCAUCUCUUUCCCCGACAUGUUCUUAUGUAAUCAAAGAAAAAGGAGAUAGCUUUAUUAAGGAACUUCAGACAGCAAAAGAUCAAACGUUAAAUUCAGAUUACACGGUUAUAACAUUUAUAAGAAAAACUUGUGAUAGUACAAAACGACGAGAGUGGCCAAAGAAUUUAUUUCGGCCAUGGUGACAUUAAAGAGUUUCACCGAACAAGACUUUUUAUUAGCAUGGUAAAUUCUGUAUCAAUAUACAGGUGACUAAAAAAUAUGUUCUGCAUUGGUAAGAGUUUAGAGACAAGCAAUACUCAUAUUUGUUAAACUGAAUAAUUUAAAUAUAUAUUCACAUGUGUAUUGUCUAA